GGCAGCGCAGGGAUGGCGGCGGGGACGGGGGCUCCGGGACGCGGCGGCCCCGGCAUGGACGCCCGGCUGGACCAGGAGACGGCCCGGUGGCUGCGAUGGGACAAGAUCUGAGCCCUAACUUGCAGGCACCUAACAAUCUGAUAGGUCAGAUUGUGCUCUGUGGUCAGUGGCUAUUGCUUUUAACCAAAAAGAAUCCCUUAACUUUGGAGUCAGUGAAACAACUAAUUGCAGAAGGUAAUAAAGAAGAACUGCAGAAAUGUUUUGGGGCUCGAAUGGAGUUUGGGACAGCUGGCCUCCGAGGUGCUAUGGGAGCAGGAAUUUCUUCUAUGAAUGACUUGACCAUCAUCCAGACUACACAGGGAUUUUGUAGAUACCUGGAAAAGCAAUUCAGUGACCUUAAGCAAAGAGGUGUUGUGAUCAGCUAUGAUGCUCGAGCCCAUCCAGCAAGUGGAGGCAGCAGCAGAAGAUUCGCCCGACUUGCUGCCACUACGUUUAUCAGCCAGGGGAUUCCUGUGUACCUCUUUUCUGAUAUAACCCCAACCCCCUUUGUGCCCUACACAGUAUCACAUUUGAAACUUUGUGCUGGAAUCAUGAUAACUGCCUCUCACAAUCCAAAGCAGGAUAAUGGUUACAAGGUCUACUGGGAUAACGGGGCUCAGAUCAUCUCUCCUCAUGAUAAAGGGAUUUCCCAGGCUAUUGAAGAAAAUCUAGAGCCAUGGCCUCAAGCUUGGGACGAUUCUGUAAUCAAUGGCAGUCCACUCUUUCAUGACCCAAGUGCUUCCAUCAAUAAGGACUACUUUGAAGACCUUAAAAAAUACUGUUUUCACAGGGCUGUGAACAGGGAGACCAAGGUGAAGUUUGUGCACACCUCCGUCCACGGCGUGGGUCACAGCUUCGUGCAGUCGGCUUUCAAGGCUUUUGACUUUGUUCCUCCCGAGGCUGUUCCCGAACAGAAGGAUCCCGAUCCUGAGUUCCCAACAGUGAGAUACCCAAAUCCUGAAGAGGGUAAAGGUGUCUUGACUUUGUCUUUUGCUUUGGCUGACAAAACCACGGCCAAAAUUGUUUUAGCAAACGACCCAGAUGCUGACAGACUUGCUGUGGGAGAAAAGCAAGACAGUGGUGAAUGGAAAGUGUUUUCAGGCAACGAGCUGGGGGCCCUCUUGGGCUGGUGGCUCUUUACUUCUUGGAAAGAAAAGAACCAAGAUCACAGCGCCCUCAAAGACACAUAUAUGUUGUCCAGCACCGUCUCCUCCAAAAUCCUGCAGGCCAUUGCCUUAAAGGAGGGCUUUCACUUCGAGGAAACAUUAACUGGCUUUAAGUGGAUGGGAAACCGAGCCAAACAGCUAAUAGACCAGGGGAAAAAUGUCUUAUUUGCUUUUGAAGAAGCUAUUGGAUAUAUGUGCUGCCCUUUCGUUCUGGACAAAGAUGGAGUCAGUGCCGCCGUCAUAAGUGCAGAGUUGGCCAGCUUUCUAGCAACCAAGAAUUUGUCUUUGUCUCAGCAGCUAAAGGCCAUCUAUGUUGAGUAUGGCUACCAUAUCACCAAAGCUUCGUAUUUUAUCUGCCACGAUCAAGGCACUAUUAAAAAAUUAUUUGAAAACCUUAGAAACUACGAUGGGAAGAAUAAUUAUCCAAAAACUUGUGGCAAAUUUGAAAUUUCUGGUAUUAGGGACCUUACAACUGGCUAUGAUGAUAGCCAACCUGAUAAAAAAGCUGUUCUCCCUACUAGUAAAAGCAGUCAAAUGAUCACCUUUACCUUUGCUAAUGGAGGUGUGGCCACCAUUCGGACCAGUGGGACAGAGCCCAAAAUCAAGUACUAUUCGGAACUGUGCGCCCCCCCUGGAAAUAGUGAUCCCGACCAGCUGAAGAAAGAACUAAAUGAACUAGUCAGUGCUAUUGAAGAACAUUUUUUCCAGCCACAAAAGUAUAACCUGCAGCCAAAAGGAGAGUAAACUAUCCCAGCCUUGGGCCUAAUUACAUUUCCCUACAGUUAAGCUGAACUUGAUUUCUUAAGCAAUGUUUUUGUGGGCUAAAUAAUUUAAACUAUUGCUACAAGUAUUCAUAUUUUUUUAAUAGACCUACAUUCCUCCUUGUUUUAUGUUUGAACUUUUAAGGGUAAUAAAGAAAGAUGGUCAAAUCUAACAAACCAACAUUCCUGUUAAAAGGUUGAGCAUCAUCUGAAUUUAAAAAAUGAAGAUUUUGGGGCUUUUCUGGUGGCGCAGUGGUUGAGAGUCCGCCUGCCGAUGCAGGGGACGUGGGUUCAUGCCCCGGUCCGGGAGGAUCCCACAUGCCACGGAGCGGCUGGGCCCGUGAGCCAUGGCCGCUGGGCCUGCGCGUCUGGAGCCUGUGCUCCGCAACGGGAGAGGCCACAACAGCGAGAGGCCCGCGUACCGCAAAAAAAAAAAAACCAUAAAAAAUGAAGAUUUUAAAAAUAACUAACCUUCAAAAAUAUAUUGUAAUUAAUAUGCUUUCAUUAGAAUAAAUACCAAAUAUGUUUCUUCUCUAAAAUUCAUUUUAUGUGUAAGUAAAACAGCCAGAAAGCCUAUACGUAUUACUAAAUUCUGGGCUGUCCUAUGUAAAAGAUAGCCACUUACACAUAUAUGUAUAUUUACAUUUCUGUCAAUUGCUUAUAAAGUAAAAUAGAUGAACAGAUCAAAUGUUGUGUUUAGGGAAAAUACAAUUCACAGGAACCUAUAAAGUAGAGCAAAAGAUACUUUAAAAAGAUAGCUUUUUGAUCUAAAACCUUAAUUCUAUUAAUGCACCAUUAUACAUUGUGUAUGUGCUAGGAAAAAAGAGCUUAACCAUCUUUGUUCACUGUGUUAACUUUCACUUUAUCUCUUUAAAUCUUGAAUGAAACAAUUGGUUAUUUGAAACUUGCAAAGUAGAUUAUUGUAGUUUUUUGCUUUAACACAAUUCAAUGUAGUUUUGGUCCUAAAGCAGCAAGGACUCUAAAACAGUGACUACCUGACCUUGAUUUUUUUUGCCUUGUUCUUAAUGUGAUCACAGUCUAAAACUAGGCUUCUCCAGGUUCGUUAUUUAAUCUGCGCCUCCUCAUAAUUGAUGGCCUUAAAACCUUCCAAAAUGACUCCCAUUGAGUACCCAUGACUGAGGACCAAACUGUUCUUUAUAUACUUUAUCUAUUUUGUGUGAUUUUUUAUUUUUAAAGCAAAUGAUUGCCUAUACUCUUACUAACUUAAAUGGUUAUUAACAGUUUCAGAACAAUGAAAAAUUACAGUACCAUUGACAAUCAUGUUUCUAAUGUAAAGGAAAGAAUAUUUGUAUAUCCUAGUGAUACGUAGUUUGUCCCCUACCAGAUCUCUUAAAUGUACAAUAUUCAAUAUAUUCUAUCAGCUGCUUCAUUGUAAAAGCUAUAUUUACUUUUGUUUUCUAGCCUUAAAGUGUACUCUGGGAAAGAGAAACUUUAGAUUUGUGUCCUCUCUACAUUUUUGUGAGCACAUAAAUUGUACCCCAUCACAGA